GUAUAUAGGAUGCUUCUCACCAAGAAAUCUGUAUUGAAGAUGCUUCAAAAUUCUGAUUGGAUGAUCUAUUAUCCCUAUUGAUGAUACUUGUGUUUCAGGUAACCAUGUUGAUGGUAGUGAUGGCUGCUAUAUAAUGCAUCUCAGGGAUACCAGGAUCAUUGCUUUUGCAAGAGAGUAUACCAGCCAAAAUUUGGCUCCCUGUCUUAUGACUCAUGGGCCAGACAGGUUCAUCAACAGUUACCCUGCAUUUGAUUUGUGGAUGAAUUCCAUGUUACUUGUGCAAAAGUAGACAAUGAGGUGAUUGCUCUGUAUCAGCAUGUCAUUUAAUUGGCUCAAUUCUUGGCCAAGAUGGCCUUGCUGACUUCCCUCAAAUGGUGAUGAUAAAUCCUAGAAUUUUUGCUAUGUGAAUUAGUUAUUUCGAUCAAAAUGCGUGCUAUGUGAGUAUCCAGUUAAGGAAAGGUGAAAAGGGAUUUUCAGAUCUUGUUGCUAUUAUGUGCUAAUUAAAUAAGAAAAGUAGAGGAGGAGAGAGAGAGAGAGAGAGGGAGGGAGGUGAGGAUAACUCCUAGAAAUUUUUGCGUUGUGAAUCAUUUUUUUUUUCUGGUCAAAAUGUGUGCUAUCUGAGUAACCACUAACCGGUUAAGGAAAAGUGAAAAGGGAUUUUCAGAUCUUGUUGCUGUUAGGUGCUAAUUAAAUAAGAAAAGUAGAGGGGGAGAGAGACAGAGAGAGAGAGAGGGAGGGAGGGAGGUGAGGAUAACUCCUAGAAAUUUUUGCGUUGUGAAUCAUUUUUUUUUUUUCUGGUCAAAAUGUGUGCUAUCUGAGUAACCACUAACCCGGUUAAGGAAAAGUGAAAAGGGAUUUUCAGAUCUUGUUGCUAUUAUGCUUAUUAAAAAUGAAAAGGAGAGAGAUUUUGUUGCUAUAAUGUGGUUUUUCCUUUUUUAACUUUCUGUUGCCUUUUUUUUGAAUGUUAUAAUUCCUUCUUACUUUGUUUGGCAACUGAUAUGAAAAUUGGCAGGCCACAGGUCUUGGAAUGUGGUAUUGCCUGUUGCAACUGCAAAGUGCUAGCUCCUAUGUUUCAUUCAGACCAAGGUAUAAAUUUCAUCUUGGAUCAUUUUAUAUUAAAAUUUCUAGUUAGAUAAUGUAAUUCAUCUGUUCAAAUAUCUACUUAAGCAUUCAAUUAAAGCUGUUCUCAGUUACCUAUAACAUAAUUCAUUGAUAGGAUCCAUUGCAUUGUCAUUUUUAAUGUGUUUGUUUUAGUUACGUCCAUGGUCUGCACUUUGGAAUUACUUAUUAUAUGGCUGUAGAAAAACUUAAGAGUUUAAUUACUUGAACCAGAAUUUUAAAAAACCUUUAAUAAAAAUAUGUUAGCUUGGAUGUCUUUGCAUUGUAGAUGUAAAAUCACUGUUAUAAUGCUAGUGGUGCAUACUUCAUAUCAAUCUGGUUCAUCUAUGUUAGGCCCAUAUAUUAGUUCAGCUAAAAGAUAAGUCUCUAUUCAAGAGUCUUCGCUGCUUGAUGAGUAAAUUCUUCUAGGCAGCCAGCUGUUUGAGUAGAAAUCCUUUGUGGUCAAUGGGGAAGAACAUCCAACUAUGUUGUCAGCUGUUCCUCAUAAUUUCCAUCAGUCUGUCCCCUUUAGAAGUCUCACAAAUUUAUUAUCCUACUCACACGAUGAUUCUAGUGGGACAUAUUGGUUCUUUGGUGCAAAAUUAUCAUAACUUUUUCAGCUCUGAACAUAAAUGAUAAGAAUUUUCAUCAUGUUAACCAGCAUUAAAAUAAUUUUUUUCCACUAUUGAGGUCGCUAGAUGCACUGUGAUUAUUUCAUUUUAUUUCCAUGGCAUUUAAAAUAACAAAUCUCUCUCUUCUGAGGUAAGCACUGUGAUAUGGAAUUAUGCUUGGAUUGGAAAAUGAUACAGUAACAACAUUGUCGGGAAAAAGCAUCUUUUAAUACAAUCAACUACUGACAUUUGCCAAAAUUCAAAAUAUUGGUAAAACCCUGAAGUCACUUUUCCUCCAUGUGGACUGGCACUGACUCAUUACCAUGUUCAGCUAAAGUUAAAAUAAUCUUUAGUCAUAAAUAUCUCAGACCAUAGUGUAAGGCAGUGGUAUAUAUGUGGUUUUGGUGUUAGCUUUAUUUAGGAAAUAAAAUGUUCUUGAUUGACCUUAUUUUGGUGCAUUGGGUUGGGAAAAGGUUGGUUGUUUGUAUCUGAGCUAAUAUCUUUGGGGAGACAAUGGCUUAUAAGGUUUUAGACCCAUCUGGUGAGGGCCAUAGAAGCCAGCAAUGGCAUAUGCCUAAUUUUUCUUGAAGUGGCAGGCAUGCUGGAUUGCAUCAUAAUGCCAUAACUUUGUCGGGGAAAUUCCUAUCUGUAAUGGUGAACCACUGCAAUUGGAUGUUUGGUCUUAUGUGGAGGAUUAGAUCUGACUAGGUUGUGAUGAUGAGCCACAGAAGAUACUGGAUCUUUGGUCUUAUAUGGAGUGUUUGUUCUGGGCAAGCUGGCGAUGAUGACCAACAGCAGAUGUUGGAUCUUAGGUUUUCUUUAAGAGGGUUGGGUCUGACUAAGAUAGACAUAAUAAACUUUGCUGUGUCAAGUGAUAGGAUUGUAUCUCUUAGAAGACCUGCUCCUUCCCAUCUAGAUAUGGAUUUAUGAUCUAGAAGUCGAUCCAAGGUGUUCUAGACCCAAUGAGCUCUUACGGCUUUAAAAUGUGUCUACCUUGUUGAGGGGAACUCACUACAUCUAUAAUGUAAAUAACUUCCUUUUCUCUCACCCCUCUUAUGGACAUAAUAUCACAUUCACCUAUGAUGUUGUGUCCCAAGGAUUUCACAACCAAUCCAAUAUGGCCUGUCACAUUCGCCCCAUAUGGACACAACAUCAUCGUUGUGUGACUUGUGUCCUACAACAUCAUAGGGCUAGACAUACAGGGUCUCACACUUAGAUCGAGGAUCGACUCUUUGUCAUUUAUAAUGACCCAAUUCCUCUUGUUUAGAUACUAUUUGUUUUGGGCCUACUACAUUCUUAUGACUUUAAAGCGCGUUAAUUUAAUUAAAAGAAGCUCAUUACAUAUACAAUGUCAAAAUUUCCUCCAAUCAAUGUGAAAUAUCAUAAUCUACUUCAAGGAUAUCAUGCAACCAAAAAGUAUGAGAUGACUUUGAGGCAUCAUGCAACCAAAAAAUAGGAGAGGAUACAAUUAUCAUGAAUUCUUUACUAUGGUGGAAUUCUCAUCCGUGCUUGCAUAUUUAUGCCAGUGCUGUGUCUUCAGACUUAGCACCGCACUAUCCUAUUCACAUGUAUCUUGUGUAAUGAGUUCGCAGACAGCUUGCAAAGCUUUUUAAAGAGCCUAGCUUGAUAGAUUGAUCAUGUAAACUCAGGCUUACGCUAUAAAAGGCGUGCCUUUUAGCUCAGGUUUAUGGUAUGAUGGAAUGAGUUGGUUGCAUGCUUUGGCUUUGUGACCCAAUAACCAUCUGUAGUAUACAAAAGACUAAGAAGAAUUAGCUUUGCCUCUGCCAAUCGAGAUUGAAUAAGAAGAGCAACAAUGAGUGGAGGACACUUUUGAGUUACAUAUGAAAAUGAUGAUGAAAGGAUGUUAGUCAUAAUGCAUGAACGUAAAAAGAUGUUAAACUAGCCCCCACCUAAAUAUGGGGUCACUUUGACCGAUGAAAUGUCACAAUACAUCCAAACCAGACUUUCCAUAUGUUCGCCUAAUUGCCUUUGUAUAUCAACCUGUCGGUGGAGUGGAUGGAACCGCUGUACCCAUAGAUUUGCCAUACAAUUUUGAUAAUAAGGAGCUACACAGGCUUUAUCUAUUCGUCUUUUAUUAACUCUUAUGAGACAGGAGGAGGCAUGGCUACAUAUUCUAAGAUGGUGACACCAUCCGUUAGGUAGUGCAUAUAAUAACAAUUCCAUUGUUUGUGGCACUAGACUGUUACUAAAACAAUAUGGGCGUUUCUUUUGGUACAUAAACAAACAAUGAGCUCGAGGCACAACCCUUUUUGGGGGGUGUGAUCUACCCACAAUGUUUGUGUAGACAAUCUCCACUAAAGGAAAAUCAAUUAAUAAUCUCUCUAUGCCACUUUGUUUUAGUCCUUUUCUGGUAGUUUUGUCGUAGGGAAUAUAUAUUUAUCGCGUGUUCGACCUUUUAGCUAAAUAAUGCUAUUGUCUAACGCUGUGGCUUUAAUUGAAAGACAUUAAAAAUCUUUCAGAAUCAGUGUGCCAAAUGCGGUAGGGCACCAUUCUCGAUUCAAAUAAUUGGACCUACUAAAAUAAUGCCCUCCUUUGUUUUUUGUUUUAUACGUAUAUAUGGUUGGUGACUGACCUUUUAUGCAGCUGGCUCUUACAUUAGCUUGAGAAAGGCUUAAAGCAAUAGGACGUAGACUCCAUGAACAUUUAUUUCUUUAGGUAUGGCACCCAUGAUUCAAAUCAAACUAUCCAAGCAUAUCAUCUUCCUCUAUUAUCCACUCUUGAGGGAGAUAGGAAACGUUUGGAUUGUAGAGAGGAACGACGUCGUUUUCAGUCUCUUGUUGUUUGUGCUUUGGCGGGUGGCAGUGAUACAGCUGUGAUUCAUGGAUGAAAGAAAAAAAUGGUAUACAAUGAUCAGCUUCUUCGAAAAACUGACGGCUCUGCACUCGGUUUCCUGUAGCCGACAACUGUAAUCGCAUUUUGUCGUGCUGUGACGUGGCCGUCAUGCCCAGCGAGUAUGAACCAGUGUCUGGGUCUGCGAGUAUGCAGUGCUUACGGUCGGCAGUUCUGGGCCUGGGUCCCUUAGUGGUAGGCAGUGUGGGCUCACGGGAAUCUGUAGGAUCAAAAAAUAGAGUUGGACUUCAAACGGGUCCACCAAAUUGGGCCCACAAAGGCCUCCCACUUCAACUGCGUGGCACGAAGUACAAGGGUCUAAGCCCAGAUUAAUAUGCCACGUUUCAUGUUAUGCGGGCCUUUUUAUUGGAUUAGCUGGCAAGUGCGAGAGAGGCUACUGGUAUAUUAAAUGUCACAAGUGUCCGCUUCUCUUUGGGCAAAUCACUCAUGUGCUUCUCAAACGGUGAAAGUUUGUUCCAUGACUUGUCUUGCUGGAACCAUCUGAUCGUAGAUGUAACUGUGGCCUUUGUAUCACAUUAACUCCGGCUGAUUCUAUAUGCUGAAAUGGUGGAGGGUUGAUGAGGCAUUUUAAUGGGGGCCAAUGGAAUUGUUCCGAGUCUCUACCAAGGUACAAAUUACUAGGAAAAUGGUUCAUGAAAUUUAUACUCAAGGCUCAUGUGGGGAAGAGGGGGGACAUCAAUUUUUCUUGGGACAAACAAUAAUAUUGUCUUUUUGCCAUUUUGAAUCGGGCUUGCUUUAAUAAUCCUACUCGACCUUAGUACCUUAUUGUUAUAUGGUAACGUAGUUGUUUCAUGGUGACGAGCAUUUGCAAGUCAAACAUCAGAGGAUGAAGUGAAUUUAGGAUUGAUUGUUCUUGUUGACUUUUAAGGAAAAAAGAAAAGAAGAAAAGAAGAAGAAAGGAAAUGACAAGUCAGUGCGGUCGAGAUGGAUGUGUGAAUCUUACUUGUUUAAUAAAUAAGUAUAGCAUUCAUUACUUGGUAGGGUGUUUCAGGAAUUCUAUAUCGGAUAUGGAGUUCCACUUAAUAAUGAUUGAGAAUAUCUUAAGGUAAUGAUAAGUUUUUCAUUCUUUUUAUUUUUUAAAUGGGGAAAAAGGAAUUAGUUUAGAUGAAUUAAUUUGAGGAAGGAAUAGAGCAGUGAAUUGCAAAUGCCCGCGUGAGGUAGGCGCGACCUUGGUAGAUGAAUGGAUGGGUCACGUUAGUGAGUUUAACAGGGGAUUGGACAUGGUUGUUUACCACUUCACUAUUUAGCAGCAGAAGCAAAGCAUUGGGAUAAUGCUCGAUACUACUCCCCUCAGAAACGUCCUCUCACCUCUCUUUCUCCCAUCCUUCCAACAAACAAGGUUCGGGACCCAGAAGCUUCGUCUUUCCCUUCUUUUUAAAAUCCUCCUUCGCUUCUCUCCUCUUAAGUCUUAACAAAUUCAAACUCUCUCUCUCUCUGCCUCCUAUGUAAUAUAUACAAUACUCUGUUUUCUGUCAAUUUGGUAUUCAUGGCUUCCUCUUUCUUAUUCCUCUUCAUGACAAUCUUUCUUACACACUAUGUUUUUUCUUGUUCAGCCAUCGUUCUGCUUCCUCUAACCCACUCUCUCUCUAAAUCCCAAUUCAACAGUACCCCCCACCUCCUCAAAUUCACCUCCGCUCGCUCCGCCACCCGCUUCCACCACCGCCACCGCCAAAUUUCUCUCCCACUCUCCCCCGGCAGUGACUACACUCUCUCAUUCAACCUCGGCUCCCAUCCACCCCAACCCAUCUCCCUCUACAUGGAUACCGGCAGCGACCUUGUCUGGUUUCCCUGUGCCCCCUUCGAGUGUAUCCUCUGCGAAGGCAAAUAUGACACCGCCGCCACCGGCGGCCUUUCCCCUCCCAAUAUCACCUCCUCAGCGUCGGUGUCCUGCAAGUCCCCUGCUUGCUCCGCAGCUCACACGUCGCUCUCGUCGUCUGACCUCUGUGCCAUGGCUCGCUGUCCCUUGGAAUUAAUCGAGACCUCUGAUUGUUCUUCCUUUUCUUGCCCACCUUUCUACUAUGCCUACGGCGAUGGAAGCCUGGUAGCACGCCUUUAUCGCGAUAGCUUGUCAAUGCCAGCCUCGUCUCCUCUGGUUUUGCAUAAUUUCACUUUCGGCUGUGCUCACACCGCUCUCGGCGAGCCCGUCGGCGUGGCAGGGUUCGGCCGCGGCGUCCUUUCGCUACCAGCCCAACUCGCUAGUUUCUCUCCCCAUCUCGGUAACCAAUUCUCCUACUGUCUGGUUUCUCACUCGUUCGAUGCCGACCGAGUUCGCCGGCCUAGUCCGCUCAUCCUCGGGCGUUACUCCCUCGACGAUGAAAAGAAGAAACGAGUUGGACAUGACAGAGGAGAGUUCGUAUACACAGCCAUGCUUGAUAACCCGAAGCACCCAUACUUCUACUGCGUUGGACUCGAGGGAAUCACCGUCGGCAAUAGGAAAAUCCCGGUACCGGAGAUUCUAAAGAGGGUUGAUAGAAGAGGUAACGGAGGGAUGGUUGUUGACUCUGGCACCACGUUUACCAUGCUGCCGGCGGGACUGUACGAAUCGUUGGUGACAGAGUUCAAUCACCGAAUGGGCCGAGUCUACAAGCGAGCCACUCAGAUUGAGGAGCGCACCGGACUCGGUCCGUGCUAUUACUCAGACGACUCGGCUGCGAAAGUCCCUGCUGUAGCGUUGCAUUUUGUUGGAAAUUCCACUGUGAUCUUACCCAGGAAUAAUUACUACUACGAAUUCUUUGACGGUAGAGAUGGACAGAAAAAGAAAAGGAAAGUGGGCUGUUUGAUGCUUAUGAACGGUGGAGAUGAAGCGGAGUCAGGUGGACCCGCAGCGACCUUAGGGAACUAUCAGCAACAGGGUUUCGAAGUGGUUUACGAUUUGGAGAAGCACAGGGUCGGAUUCGCCAGGAGGAAGUGCGCAUUGCUAUGGGACUCCCUCCAGCAGCGUUAACGUGCGCCGCUUGGUGGGCGGGUGGAUGUGCUGCGCUCAGCCUAGGAGGUUUGACUUUUUUGGUCAGGCGUCCGGGGUUGACCGCACGUGGGGCUGUAUGUAAACGGGCCGGGUUUUUUGUUUCUUUGCACUCUGCUUUUUGCUUUAUGCACUCUGUUCAUAUUGUACAUGUCACCCACCCUAAAGAGUGCAUGAAACAAAAAUGUAGAGGGCAAACUUGUAAAUUUCCCCUCACGUCGAGAAUAAAAUAUCUUUAAAAUGUAUUAUGUAAUAGUAAAAUAUUUUUUAUAAAAAUAUCAUUUUGACGGUUUUUAUACUACAAAA